AAUUAGCAGAUAUUGGCAUGGGGUUGAAAUUGAACUACUGAAAUGUGCGUGCAACUCGCACGCCGGUCCGGCAAAAUUGGUGGAUAUCCUCUAGCAAUGACCGGAAAUGACCAGGGAUGAGUAGAUAUUGCACUCUAACGAAAAGCAUGAAGAUGUCUUUCGGACGGCUUCUGUAUAUCAUAGAUUUGUCACGUCGAUGUGUGCAGAGAGGGCAACAGGUCCAGCAGUUGGCUUCAGUUAACCCUCGAAUAUAGAGCGUAUCUAGACAUCUUCGCCUUCAUCUUUUCCAAUGGCGCCAACCUUGCAGGUAACUUUUACUUACGCGGGCAUUGAUUACUUUGGAUCUAUUAUUAACUAGCAUCAUAGCUGAACGAUCCUUCGCUGCUGAAAACAUUGUGUUAUGUCAAUGGAAACUGGGUGGCCGCGCAGUCAGGGAAACUAUUCUCUGUAGACAGCAAGUCAACCUGGUCCCUCUGAGCCUGGCACAAUCAACUAAUACUCACUUGUAGAUCCCUCUACGCUGGCUGAAGUGGCAACGUGUCCUGAGUUUGAUGGAAGAGACACUGAGUUAGCCAUCGAGGCUGCUCAUACUGCCUUCAAAUCGUACAGGAAAACCCCGGCGCGUCAGAGGGCUCGUUUGUUGCGAAAAUGGUACGAUCUUAUGAUCGAAAAGAGCGAGGAUUUAGCGACAAUUAUCACGGCUGAGAACGGCAAGCCUCUGGCCGACUCCAGAACCGAAGUCAACUAUGCAGCAUCGUUCUUUGAGUGGUUCUCGGAGGAAGCUCCGCGGAUUUACGGCGACACAAUCCAGGCAAGCAAUCCGGCUUGUCGGCUGGUCACGGUUAAAGAACCCGUAGGUGUCUGUGGCCUUAUUGCACCCUGGAACUUCCCGGCCGCCAUGAUCACUCGUAAGGCUGGUCCAGCCCUCGCGGCCGGCUGCACAGUGGUCAUCAAAGCACCUGCUGAAGCCCCCUUGACCGCUCUUGCCCUGGCCGAGCUUGCCCACAGAGCUGGAAUACCGCCCGGUGUUGUUAACGUCAUUACCGCUCUGGGCAACACGGUCGAAGUAGGCCAGGUGUUGACCACGAACCCAACUAUUAAGAAGGUCUCCUUCACGGGCUCGACUGGCGUCGGAAAACUGCUGAUGAGCCAGUGCUCGUCCACUCUGAAAAAGCUCUCUUUCGAGCUGGGCGGCAACGCCCCAUUCGUCGUCUUUGAAGAUGCGAAUCUCGACGCUGCCGUUCGUGGCCUCAUCGCAUCCAAGUUCCGCAUCUCAGGACAGACAUGCGUCUGUGCCAAUCGCAUCUUGGUGCAUUCAGCUGUGUAUGAAAAGUUCACGAAGAUGGUGGUAGAUGCUGUGAAUGAGUUUGUCGUCGGCGACGGCUUCGCAUCGAACACAACCCACGGUCCCCUGAUUCAUGGCCGCGCAGUCCAAAAAGUCGCGGACCACGUGCAGGACGCCGUGUCGAAGGGCGCCCGGGUUCUGCUUGGCGGCAAGCCUCUGAAGGAUCUGGGGCCUAAUUUCUUCGGCAUCACAGUCCUUGCCGACAUGAAACCUGGCAUGAAGCUGUGCUGGGAAGAAACAUUUGGCCCUGUUGCCGCGUUCUUCAAGUUCGAUUCCGAAGAGGAAGCUAUCACGCUGGCAAACGAUUCCGACGUCGGGCUUGCAGGAUACUUCUUCACCAAGGAUGCGAGCCGCUGCUGGCGAAUGGCCGAGGCUUUGGGAGUCGGCAUGGUCGGUGUAAAUAUUGGGGCUAUCAGCGACCCAGCUGCUCCGUUUGGCGGAGUAAAACAGAGCGGGUUUGGGAGGGAGGGCAGCAAAUAUGGUAUUGAUGAAUUUACCAUUAUAAAGACGAUCAUGAUUGGCAUCGAUGCAUAGAUUGUAAUCUAGAGAGAUAUAUAGCG